AUGAUCCUCGCUCGCACUCUUCUGUUUCCCGUCUUCCUGGCCUCAGGGCUGCUCGGAGCUCUGGCCGCUCCCCUCGAAGAUAGAGCUUCUGUCGAGGUGACGAUUGCCAAUGGCACCGUUGUCGGUGGCAGCGACGGAACCGUCGAGUACUUCAAGGGGAUCCCGUUUGCCCAGGCUCCCGUGGGCCCCCUCCGAUUCCAAAACCCUCGGCCCUACGGCGCGAAUUUUGGACGUCUCGAUGCUACAAAGUCAUUUCCGGUCUGCAUGCAGGGUGCCGAUGCCAAAGGGUCUGAGGACUGCCUGAAGCUCAUCGUCCUCCGCCCAGCCAACAGACCUGCUGCAAAGCUGCCAGUCGUGUUUUUCAUCCACGGCGGCGCAUUCUCUGCUGGCGGGGCAGAAGACGGGAAUGACGGGACGCCUCUCGUCAAGGUAUCCUCCCAGAUCGGUGCGCCGGUCAUUAUUGUGUCCAUUCAGUAUCGCCUCGGUGCUCUGGGAUUCUUGUCGGGCAAGGAAGUUGCCGCGACGGGACAGACAAAUCUGGGGCUCCGCGACCAGAGACUGGCCCUGGAGUGGGUGCACGAGAACAUUGCGGCAUUCGGCGGUGAUCCCGACAAGGUCACCUUGUGGGGCUUCAGCGCGGGCAGCAUGUCGUCGUUUGACCACACCAUCAUCAACGACGGCAACGCAAAUGGGCUCUUCCGUGGGGUAAUCCUCAGUUCGGGGUCACCCGUAAGUGCUCUGGACGUUACGUCGUCCAAGGCACAGGCAGAAUACGACGCGGUCGUCAGCAAGGCCGGAUGUUCACAGAGCUCCAACACGCUCGAGUGCCUGCGCAAUCUCGAGGCCACUGCCUUUGUCAAGGCGGCCUCGUCCCUCCUGAUGACCGGCCAGUGGAGGGGUGUCAACCUGCCUUACCUUCCCAGACCCGACCCAUCCAACAACUUCUUCUCGAGAAGCGCCGACGUGGCCCUUUCCGAGGGCAAGUUCGCAAAGGUCCCCGUAUUGACGGGCGACGUGGAGGAUGAAGGGACGCUGUUUGCCCUGAUCGUGACUGAUGUCACCAAUAACCAGCGCCUCAUCGCCCAUCUCAACAAUUACUUUCCGGGACAGGAGCAGUCCGUCGCGGGGCUGGUCGCCACGUACCCAGACGACCUUGGUAUCAGUGGCUCGCCUUACGGAACCGGCCUCUCGAACAACGCCUUCGGGCAGUACAAGCGACUGGCAUCCAUCUUCGGUGACAUCAUCUUCAACCUACAGCGCAGGUACCAUCUUUCGGUGGUUUCAUCGCAGGUGCCCUGCUGGUCAUACCUCAACUCAGCCUUCAAGGGCACAGCCCUCCUGGGCUCCUUCCAUGGCAGCGACGGCCUCAAGAUGUUGAGCAGUGGAACCGACAGUGCGACCGUCACUCCGCAGCGGUACAUUAUCUCAUUCAUCAACAAGCUGGACCCGAACGCCCUCGGAAACGCGUCGCCCCUGAUCAAAUUCCCCCAGUACUCCACGGCCAACCCCCAGCUGGUGCAUAUCAAUGCACAGUCCAACGAAUUGAUCAAGGACGACUUCCGUGCGAAGCAGUUCCAGUACUUUUCCGAAAACAUAUCCAAGUUCAGAAUUUGA